AUGAAGUUACCUCCAGGCUACACACCACGAGAGGGGGAAUCUUUACCUGAGAAUGCUGUGUGUAAACUUCAGAAGUCUCUUUAUGGCUUAAAACAAGCUUCUCGACAGUGGUUUUUGAAGUUCAGUGGCACUCUCUUGAGUUUGGGAUUUAAGCCAUCACACUCAGAUCACACUUUGUUCACUCGUAACAUCAACAGUCACUACAUUGUUGUUUUGGUAUAUGUAGAUGACAUUAUUAUUGCUAGUAAUGUCACAGAAGACGUUGAUCAGCUGAAAGAUGAUCUACAGAAGGCAUUCAAAUUCAGAGAUCUCGGUCCGUUGAAAUAUUUUUUAGGCCUUGAGAUUGUUCGUUCUACUAAAGGCAUCUCGGUUUGUCAACAAAAAUAUACUUUGGGUCUUUUGGAAGAAUCAGGUCUAAUGGCUUGUAAACCUUCUCCUAUACCAAUGGACCCUAGUAUUAAGCUCACUCAAGACUCUCAAGAACCGCUUCUUGACGAUGCUUGUGCUUAUCGUCGCCUUGUUGGAAAGAUGAUGUACUUGACAAUCACUCGCCCUGACAUUACUUUUGCGGUGAUCAAGUUAUGUCAGUAUACAUUAGCUCCGAAGCCUUCUCAUCUUCUUGCGGCCUAUAAGGUUCUUCAUUACUUAAAAGGAACCAUUGGCUUGGGUCUUUUCUAUUCCUCGGACUCUGAUCUUGUUCUAAAGGGGUACACUGAUGCGGACUGGGGCUCUUGCGCAGACACAAGACGAUCCACAUCUGGCUAUUGUAUGUUUCUUGGUAAUACUUUGAUCUCGUGGGAAUCUAAGAAGCAACAAGUUGCCUCUCAUUCCUCUGCUGAAUCCGAAUACAGAGCCAUGGAGUUUGGUUCCCGUGAAGUUAUUUGGUUGGUCAAUUUGUUAGCUGAGUUACAAGCUCCGCAGGAUGGUCUUAUUCCAUACUACUGUGACUCGACUGCAGCUAUACACAUUGCCAACAACCCGGUGUUUCACGAGCGUACGAAGCACAUCGAACGGGACUGUCAUUUGAUACGUGAUCGGAUUAAAGCUGGUUGGAUCAAGACUCUUCAUGUUCGAACUAAUAGCCAGAUUGCUGACAUAUUCACUAAACCUUUAUUCUCUCCUCAGUUCUAUUCUCUGGUUGGCAAGAUGGCUCUCAAAACGUUAUACCUGCCAUCUUGAGAGGGAAUAUUAGAGUAAACCGGUUUAGUAUUGUUGGUUUAAUCUCCGGUUCAUAUGUCUGUUAUGAUAACCGGAUUACACAUUACUAUAUAUGUAAACAUUUCUCCUUUAACGAUAUAUAAGAAAGAAUGAGUU